AAGAAGAAGACGUCAACUUCUUUUCACAGUACCACUGUGAUGAUGCCUCUGAUCUCGGACGGUCACAUUGAUACAAUGUAUGAUAAUUGAUCGAUCUUCAAACAAACCGAAUUGCGCGUCAGUUGUGUUUACAAAUAUUUCACAAACACAGUCUUUGUCCCCGCGGAGACACACUUGUGUGUUUGAUAACAGCGGCUGUGGACGAACACUAACGUGGAGGAGAUACAACUUCCACAUGCUGCCCGCGCGCUCCCGUGGACGGAGAUGAGGUUCUGGCAGACGAUCACUUUGAGGCACGACACCGGAAACUCUCUGAGCUGAGUGUUUGUGUUUCCUCUUGAAAACUACACGUCCUGGAACACAGUGUACACACGCACGGAUUGGUAGUGGACGUGUACUGGUAGUACUGGUGUCGUGUUGUGUGGAGACACUGUCAGAAGUACACAGUUUAAUUCUACUUCGUCCUUCAAGCUGAAUACCCAGCUGUGCUGGCUAGCUAGCUAGCUAGGCUAACAGACUCACGCGAGGGUCCUGUCCGGAGACACCAUGUCCUAUCAGCCGCUGGGGAAGACGCUGCUGAGGAACGUGAUCCGUCACACGGACGCUCACAACAAGAUCCAAGAAGAACAGGAGAUGUGGAAAAUGCGAGGCUGGCAGGUCCAGAGGACCGACCCCAAACAAUCAUCGGACACAGUGAGUUCGAGGGGCCAGAUGCACUGUGACCGAGGGGCAGAUCAAACCGGAGACCUGAGGCGCAGCAGAGAGCGAGUGUCGGAACACGACGACCGAGAGGCUCGAUACUGGACACGCAAACUGUACGAGUUUGAGGCCAAAGACCCCGACAGAUGGGGACACAGUGGCUUCAAGGAGCUUUAUCCUGAGGAGUUCAAAAGGGACAAAUCUACAAAGAAGCUUGAACGCCACAAAAGGAAAAAGUCCAAGUCUGACACAGAGGGAAGCUUAUCGAGACACUCCAAGAAAUCCUCUCGAAAGACGAAAAAGAAGAAGAAGAAAAAAGACGAGGACGCGGGGCGAAAGAAAGCCAAGUGUCCGAGCAGCAGCGACAGCAGCGGAGACGGCAGCAGCCACAAAGACAAGCACGGGAGGAAGAGGACCAAGAGUCGACACAAAGACAAGAAGAGCUCGAAAACCAGAGGGAGAGACGAUGACAGCAGCUCAGGGGGCAGCGAUGAUGGAGAACGUAAGAGACGGACCCACAGUCGCAAAAAGCGAAAACAGGACUUCCACAAAGACGCCGAGUCGGGUCUGAAUUCAACAAAGAAGAGGAAAAACUGGAAAGCAGCAGGUGAGAGGAGCUCGGCUGAUAGUUCGGCUGACUGAGAUCCACAGAACGUGGACAGACACGGCUCAGGUAACGAGCAGAGAAACGACUGCGGAUUCUUCUGCUCGUCUUAACGGAGGGCUUCUCUCUGCAGGGCCGCUCUGUAUUGUACUUUGUUAGACUUCAACAAACCUGUGCUGUCAGCCCUCUCCCCGGGUGUUCGCUGUAGCAAUAUCUCAUCACCGCUGCAGUGGCUUGAAGCCCAUUACGACAGCACAGGCGGCGUGAGGAGAGAUGGUGGGGGGUUCCACCACCUGCCCGAUGAAGAACGCCGCUGGCUGCAGGCUCAUUGAUUUAUCACCAUGUCUCUGCUCAGUCUGUCUCACGUGAAGAGCCUCUGUCCUGAAAUGACCACCAUGGGUUUUUUUUAUUUAAAAAGUGAAAGAAGUACAAUCAUGCAACUUUUCUCACCAAUGAUGAUAGAAUGUGUAUUUUGUUUUAUACAUUUUUUUUCUUGGAUUUUAAUACUUUUAUCAAGUGCAUUACCCUGGUGAAAAAUAAACAUCAAAUGUGCUGUUGUUUUUAAAAAA